GAUUAAAGUUGUAAAGAAUAAACCUGAGCACGACUUCAGACGCACGUCAUAAUGACUGGUGAAGUGCGGAGCCCACUCUGUGUGAGUGACAAGCCCGACAGCAGCGCGGCCGCCCACUCACAGACAAGCUGGGUGAAUCUUAAUUGUGUAAUGUUCAUUGACGAGUCAGCACAAUGCUGCUGAGACCGCGGAGGCGCACCGAACCGAGCACAGCGAUGAAAUGCUCCCAUCGAGGAGAACACAGAUGGACAGCCUAGUUCAGCCGCUCGUCGCCCAGUACCUCGCCAUGGGAUGCCAGUCAAAAGAAAACCAGAACGAAAGUAUAGCGCCGGACGAAAAAGGAAAAGACGAUGCGAGAAUGACGCCAGGAUGCACCUCCAGGUCUAGAGUGUCUCCUCCAGGCCGCCCUCACAGGUUCCACAAACCCACUCCGGCUCAGACCGCCCCGGGUAAAUCUGUGAUGUCUCUGGGUCACCUCACCAAAGGGGCAAGCUGGGAGGAGCUCAUCCAGGCCUGCCUGCAGUUAUUCGACACAGACGGUUGUGUACGUGGGAGCAGCCACCUGCUGAACAUCACCCUCACCAUGCACCGGCUCCUCAUCUCCUCCAGUGAUCUGCUGGACAAACUCAUCGAUCUAUUUAAAACGGCAGUGGACAGUGAGCAGCCAGCAGAGUGCCAGAGGAUAUGCUACCUCAUCAGGCAUUGGAUCCAGGAAUUCUGGAUGAUGUUCCGGUUGCACCACAGCUUGACAGACAGCCUGGAUGAGUUCCGAGAUCUGAUCAGAGAGCAGGGACAGGAGCGUCUUUGCUCGCUCCUAGAGACCAAAUGGAUAAGUGAGCGGGACUGGUCAUGGAAGGCCAGCCAGAAGAUUAAAGCUAACAGCAGUAAAAAGAGGAAGGUUUCUCUACUUUUCGAUCACCUAGAGCCCAUUGAAUUGGCUGAACAUCUCACCUUCCUGGAGUUUAAAUCCUUUUGCAGAAUAUCGUUUGUAGACUAUCAAAACUACAUUCGCAGCUGCUGCAUGAAGGACAUCCCUGUGAUGGAGCGUUCCAUCGCCCUGUGUAAUGGUAUCUCCCAGUGGGUUCAGCUGAUGGUGCUGAGCCGGCCAACCGCUCAGCUGAGAGCUGAGGUUUUCACAAAGUUUAUCCACGUGGCUCAGAGUCUACAUCUUAUGCACAACUACAACACACUAAUGGCUGUUGUGGGGGGGCUAUGUCACAGCUCCAUUUCCAGACUGAAGGACACCACCUCACAUGUACCCAGUGAGGUCACCAAGGUAUUAAACGAGAUGACAGACCUGCUGUCCUCCUGCAGAAACUAUGACAACUACAGGCAAGCUUACCACAGGUGUACAGGUUUUAAAAUCCCAAUCCUUGGCGUCCACCUCAAAGACCUGAUUUCGGUCAAUGAGGCCAUGUCAGACUACGUGGAGGACAACAAGGUGAAUGUCCAGAAGCUCCAGGCGCUCUAUAACCAUAUCAACGAGCUGAUCCUGCUGCAGCAGAUCCCACCCAGGCUGGAAGCUAACAAGGACCUGGUUCAUCUGUUGACGCUGUCCUUGGACCUUUACUACACAGAGGAUGAGAUUUAUGAACUGUCUUAUGCACGGGAACCCAAGAACUGCAAAGCACCUCCAGCCACCCCUUCUAGACCUGCAGUAUUUGUGGACUGGGCAUCCGGUGUGGCUCCAAAACCUGAUCCUCGAACCAUCAGCAAACAUGUGCAGAGGAUGGUGGAUUCCGUGUUUAAGAACUACGAUCACGAUGAGAACGGCUUCAUUUCUCAAGAGGACUUUGAGAAAAUUGCUGCUAGCUUUCCUUUUUCCUUCUGUGUCAUGGACAAAGAGAAGGAGGGCCUCGUGAGCAGAGAAGAGAUCACGGCUUAUUUCAUGAGGGCCAGUGUCAUCUGCUCCAAACUGGGUCUCGGUUUUGUCCACAACUUCCAGGAGACCACUUACAUGAAACCCACUUUCUGUGACAACUGCUCAGGAUUUUUGUGGGGCGUCAUCAAGCAAGGCUACAGAUGCAAAGACUGCGGGAUGAACUGCCACAAGCUGUGCAAGGAUCAGGUGGCGUUCGAGUGCAAGAAGAACACCAAAGUGAGCAACUCCACUGACAGUCCGACGCCGAGCUCCACGCCUGUCGCCACGGGCCCCUCAGAGGGUUCAGAAGAAUGUCCUUUCCCCUACCCGCCUGAUGAGAGCAAAGACUGGAGCCCAGACUCUCCGGUCAUCUCCCAUUUGAGGCCCCGGAGAGUAAACAGCUGCACCCAGACAGAUGGACCUCUGCUGUCCUCUACCACCGCUGAAUCCAGCCACCUUCAGCCUUCUCUCUUAGUCCCAGCGCCGCCACCUCUCACUUCGUGUCCCAGCCCGGUGCCCCAGAGGAAACAGCGACACUGUGCCAAGUGGGAAAACAGAGCUACUGUUGUGCAAAGGCCUAAAGAACCAGAGGAGGACAGCAAACCCAACUAUGAGUCUUUGGAAUCAGACAACCAGAGGCUCCAAAAAGCCAACGAGACACUACGUAGGAAACUGAAAGAGACAGAGCGGGAGGUGGAGAUACUAAAGACACUGCUGAAGAGACAUGCUCUCCACCCUGUGGAGGAGGACUCCUCCUCUUAGACUCAAACAUACACUGAACACUCUCCAGGGAGGCUGGUGCUGCCCCCGUAUGGCAGCAUGUACAAAUCCUAAUCUAAUGGUCAUGAACAGUGCAGGUAUUUUGUCAGUAUAAUGAGACCCAGGAAAUUUGCAAUCAUGUGAUAUAAAAUGUGACACAGUACACAAUCAAGGUGUUUGGAUGCUAAUGUUACACAGUAGGUCAGACAACCAGUAAUGAGGACUUUUGAAGAUUUUUUUGAAAGCAGCUACAGUACGCAGACAGUAUACCAAUUUGAUUUUAAAAGAAAAACUAAAAGGCUCUUGUGUUGUAUUUAAAGGAGUUUAAUAUGAGAAGAACGAACCCCUCUACCCAAUGAGGAUUAUUAGCAUGAGCAUUACUCACUUUAUUUAGUGAACCAUUAAGGUAGUUGCAGGCAAAAGUGUAAAAAAAUAAGACAUCGCAUGAAUGAAAGAGUGCAGUAUUUUAGAGCGAAAAAUAUAACCGAAUGUGUUUGAUCAAUUCUUGAUCAGUUAACGAGCUUAGAUAUUUAUGUUAAACAUAAAAUGGAAACUGGAGGCUGCAGUGAAAUGUGCCCAGCCGCACAGUUUUUAGAAGGCAUAUGACAGGUAAGUUAUUAUUAUUACUCGUAAUGAAUAGAGCCCACUGAUUCUAGCAGCAGGAUGAACGCUGGGGUGCUCUGUCGCUGCUUUGUAUCGUCGUCCCUGAUGUUUUCAGUGCUUCUGUUAAUAUUUAUUGUCUGAAACACUACCCAGCUCGUAUGAAGAGUGAGAUAACUGAAGAUUUUGUACAGUAUAGUGGUACUUUUAUUGGAUUAUUUAUGCUCACGUGUGUUGGCUUCAUAUUGAUGCUUUUUUUUUUUAUCGUGCAGCCAUGUCAUUUUACUAUUAUAUUGUCCAUUGUAGCAGCGCUGUACUGUGAACGGGGGUCAAGAUACAUGUAUUUGUAACGUGCGUAAUGUACUGUAAAUGCAAAGUAUACGCAGUGCCAUCUCAGUUAUGUCAAGUUUCAUGCUUUCUCUCUCAGUAUUGUUCUCUUAUUGUUCUAAUAAAUAAUGAACAUUCCAUAUAAAAAUCA